AUGCGGGCGUUGAGGUACGAGCGAGGAUCUCACAAGACACUGGCAGCAGAGAGAACACAAGUGGUUGUAGUGCGUCCAUCGAUUGAAAUCGAGACGGUCAACAUGGGCAGCGCGGCGUUUUCCAAAGACACCAUCAACGGGGUGUACAUCCCCUCGAUCCUCCUGCUUGUCGGCGUUUACAUCGUCAAGCAAGAAUGGCUACCGUACGCCGCGGCGUUUGCUGCGAUUGUGGGAAGCAUCAAGGUCUUUACUUUCUCUUCCGGAAAAUCGAAGAGAAAAGUCCUCAAGCCCGAUGAAUUCCAAGAGUUCCCCUUGACCGACAUCAAGAAAACGUCGCACAAUGUGGCCAUCUACCGGUUCGGCCUGCCCAGCCCGACGGACAUUCUCGGCCUCCCGAUCGGCCAGCACAUUUCCUUGGCCGCCACGCCCAAAGGUGCCGACAAAGAAGUCGUGCGGUCGUACACGCCCAUCUCGUCCGAUGAGGACCAGGGCUUCUUUGAGCUUCUGAUCAAAUCGUACCCGCAGGGCAACAUCAGCGCCCACAUGACGACACUCAAGGUCGGCGACACCAUGAAAGUCCGCGGGCCCAAGGGCGCAAUGGUGUAUACUCCGAACCUGUGCAAGCGAAUCGGCAUGAUCGCCGGCGGCACAGGCAUCACACCCAUGCUGCAGAUCAUCCGCGCCAUCAACCGCGGCCGUCCCAAGAACGGCGGCAACGACACCACCAAAGUUGACUUGAUCUUUGCCAAUGUCAACCCCGACGAUAUCUUGUUGAAGGACGAGAUCGAUGCCCUCGCUGCCCAGGACCCCGAUUUCAACGUCUACUAUGUCUUGAACAAUCCUCCUGAGAACUGGAACGGUGGUGUUGGCUUCGUCACUGCCGAUAUGAUCAAGGAGAAACUCCCGCCCCCAAGUCCCGACAUGAAGAUUCUGAUCUGUGGCCCGCCGCCGAUGGUGAGUGCCCUGAAGAAGGCCACUGAAAGUCUCGGAUAUCAAAAGGCCCGUCCCGUGAGCAAGUUGGAGGACCAGGUUUUCUGCUUCUAG